AUGGAGCCGAACGAUCCGUCGGGAAGAUUGACCGUCGAGGAUCUGUCAGAUUGCAGAAGUGAGAGCAGUCAUUCCGAGAGCCAGUUGCGAGCAUUCCAGGACUACGAACGUAUCAAGGAGUUGAAUCUGUCGGUGGAUAAAUCGAAAGAAGAUCCUCAGGUCGAACCGAAGGACUUCCAUUUAGGCCUGGAGCCUGGGAGAACCUCUAUCCGCUUCGACGAGUUCGAGAACGCAAGUAGAAACCUUCCGAUGGCGUUGAACAAGGGCAAGGAUUUCGGAUACGUCGCUGGUGGUCUGAACGAGAUGACUUACCCGUUGGACAGAUCGAGUGAAAACGACGAAUCGAUGGAUACGAGUAGCUUGUGCAGGAGCAAGAAUCCGACGGCUAAGGAUUUGCUGUUCAAUCUUCGUGAGAAUAGACACAAAAACGCUCACGCGGCGUUGUCGUUGGACAGGUACGGCAAGGAUUUGAAUUUCGCGGUGUCCGAGAAGGAUAUCAAGGAUUUCGGUCUGCUGAAGAAUUACAGUCUCGAUCGAAUGAAGGAGUUCAAUCUGUCGUUGGACAGGAUGAGAGACAGUCACAUCGGCAAUUUCGCUUUGGAAAGACUGCGCGGAGGUGCUGGAUUGCUGGAGAAUCCUCCGAUGUUGGAGCACAACGAGUUGAAGAGUAUGCAGAUGCAACCGAGGAACCAGGACUUGGAGGCGAUCGCGUUGGAGCGAAUGAGACGGUCUCAUUUGUUGGGCACCGAUCUCACGGCACAGAAUCUGUCCACACAACUACCUCAUCCGCAUUCCAUCACGCAGAUGCAACACUCGCAGCAACAGCAACAACAGCAGGCCAAGUCGUUCACCAUCGACGCGAUCCUUGGGCUGAGGAACAAUCCUAGGGAGAAGCGGAGUCAGCAACAGCAGUACAGGAAGCAUCAGGCUCAAGAGGGCGGCACGAAGAACAGCAGCUCGAGCUCGUGUUCCGGCGGCGGCGGCAAGCUGAAGAGGGUGCGUACGAUCUUCACGGCGGAGCAGCUGGAACGGCUGGAGGGAGAAUUCGCGCGUCAACAGUACAUGGUCGGUCCAGAACGAUUGUACCUGGCGCACGCACUCAGGUUGACCGAGGCCCAGGUGAAAGUGUGGUUCCAGAAUCGGCGGAUCAAGUGGCGGAAGCAUCAUCACGAGCAACAGAGCCAAAGGGUGCACGAGUUCCAGCGAUCGCUGAACUCCUCGCUGGAGCACGAGGACAGCAACGAGACGGACAAAUGGUGAAAAGAGUCCACGUUCCACGAUCAAGAAGCACCACUUCGUUUCCUCGUUCCCCCCUUGCU